UGCACGUCAGAUGGAUUCGUUUCCAUGGUAAGUGCGGUCUAUAGGGAUUCGUUGUUACCCAAUAGUGUUCCUGCAAACACACUAACCAACCAACCUCCGGGAGGCUGGGUUUAACGCUGUGUCCAAGAUGGCGGUUAUCUCCAUUGAAAGGAUGGGGCUGCUGUCUGUAUUCUGUGUGUGUCUGUUUUUUAGCAGCGCCUUUGCUGUGGAUCGGGGAAACUUUAAAACCUGCGAUCAGAGUUCCUUCUGCAAACGUCAACGGGCACUCAAGCCGGGUCAGUCCCCAUACCGAGCUCUUCUGGAAACUUUGGAGCUCAGUGACUCCCGACUGACCCUCCAGCUCAUCAAUGACAACAAUAAGGUGCACUUGCUGUUGGAGUUGUACAGACUGCAGGGGAAUAUGACUCGGGUGAAAAUAAAUGAGCUGAAACCUCUGAAGCCGCGCUUUGAGGUGCCAGACGUGCUCAUAGCAGAGCCUCCUACUGAGCCUCUCUCAGUGUUGUCCAAGGAUGAUAAUGGCAUUGUGUUGUCUCUGGGAGCAGAGAGCCAGAGGUUGAUUGUUAGUGCCCGUCCAUUUAGGCUGGACAUCAUGGAGGGGCCAGAGGUGCUGCUAUCCCUCAAUUCUCGUGGCCUGCUAGCCUUUGAGCACCUGCAUCUUCGCAAGGACACGCAAGCCAAACCAGAUGGUGCUGAGGUUAAAGAGAGUGUAGAUGGAGAUCAACAGCAAGAUGAAGGCGAGAAGGAUGAGGAUGGAGAGAGUGAUAAAGAGGAAGACGGACUGUGGGAGGAGACAUUUAAAUCUCAUACAGAUACCAAACCAAAUGGCCCCACAUCGAUAAGUUUAGACUUCUCCUUGCCUGGUGUAGAACAUGUAUAUGGUAUUCCAGAGCAUGCUGACGACCUAAAACUCAAAACUACAGAUGGUGGUGAUCCUUACAGGCUUUAUAACCUAGAUGUGUUUCAGUAUGAGCUCUAUAACCCUAUGGCCUUAUAUGGAUCCAUACCCGUCAUGCUAGCCCAUAACACACAGAGAACCAUGGGUAUUUUCUGGCUUAAUGCAGCUGAGACCUGGGUGGACAUCAGUUCUAAUACAGCGGGAAAGACUGUCUUUGGUAAGAUGCUAGAUUUUGUUCAAGGCUCCAGUGAGAAGCCACAGACGGAUAUCCGUUGGAUCUCUGAGAGCGGUAUCAUUGAUGUCUUCAUCAUGCUUGGGCCCAAACCAUCAGAUGUCUUCUCACAGUAUGCCUCUCUCACAGGCACCCAGUCCUUCCCUCCCCUCGCCAGUCUGGGCUAUCACCAGUGCCGCUGGAAUUAUAAUGACCAGGAAGAUGUGAAGUCAGUGGACCAAGGCUUUGACCAACAUGACAUCCCUUAUGAUUUCAUAUGGCUUGACAUAGAGCAUGCAGAUGGCAAGCGCUACUUCACCUGGGAUCCCCACAAGUUCUCUCAGCCUAAAGAGAUGCUUCAGGGCCUAAUGGACAAGAGACGCAAGAUGGUGGCUAUAGUAGACCCCCACAUCAAGGUUGAUAGUGGCUACAAGAUCCACAGCGAGAUUACUUCUAAAGACUUCUACGUUAAGAACAAAGAUGGCAGAAAUUAUGAAGGCUGGUGCUGGCCAGGUGGGAAGUUUAUUGUUUGUGAAGUCAUAACUCUGUUUUUUCUUUCUUGUCUCAGACCUCUUUGGGUUGAUUAUCCCAAGGACACAGCAACUUUCACCAUUGAUGAUGAAUUCCUAAUUGGAAGCGAUUUGUUGGUUCACCCAGUCACUGAGGAAGGGUCUCGUGGGGUCACAGCCUAUCUGCCUGGAGCUGGAGAGGUUUGGUAUGAUGUCCACACCUUUCAAAAACACAAUGGCGCACAGAAUCUCUACAUCCCAGUCACUCUUAGCUCUAUCCCGGUGUUCCAGCGUGGUGGCUCUAUCAUCCCUCGUAAGGACAGAGUUCGAAGGUCAUCUGCCUGUAUGGAAAAUGACCCAUACACCUUGUAUGUGGCCCUUAGCCCUAAGAAAUUUGCUGAAGGCAAGCUCUACAUUGAUGAUGGCCAUAGUUUUAACUAUGAUACAAAGAAAGAAUUUAUUCACCGGAGCCUCACUUUUGCCAAUAAUGCUCUCACCUCCAGCAACCUGUGCCCAGUCUGUAAUUUCUUAACCUCAUCAUGGAUUGAAAAAGUUCUCAUUCUGGGUGCCAGCAAACCCAGCAAGGUGGUUCUUAAAAUGGAUGGCAAAGAAACCCCUGUGGACUUUGAGUUUGAUUCUUCCAUGUCAGUGCUAACCCUCCGUAAACCUGGGAUGAAUGCUGGGGACGACUGGACCCUGCUGCUGCAGUAGCUCACUGCUGGAUCUCUACAGUGGCUGGGGCCAGAUGACAUGAGAUCAAAAAACAAAAAAAAAUCACUUGAAAAUUUCAUCAGUUGAAAAUUUCACUCUUAAUUCAUAAACACAUUGAGCACUUACAAAUUCAACAAUUCAAAAGUGAACAAGUGGUGCAGUGGGUCAUAGAUAUUUCUCAGUGCUACAAAGAAAUGGAUCCAACUGGCAGGGUCAGACAGUACAUGCUUUCCAUUUUAAAUGUAGUAAUGUUGUUGAAAUGUCAAAAGCUUUGUUUUUAAUUUCGUGUAGUGAAAAGUAGUAUUAAAAUCAGAUUAACUGAAUCAUACAGUGGCUUUAAAUCAUUUCAGGGCAGCAAAUGAGAGUGUUAAUUGUAUUUAAACUCUCGGAGCACAGUGAAAACCCAGUCAUUACUGAAGUGAAUUGGUCUUUAACAAAUAGAUUUGCUCCUUUUCAAAGAUAAGACAACACAACAGGUUCACAGAUCAAUGCUAUUUUUCCUAUUAGAUUGUUAAAAUGUUAAAGCUCUAGAAAAUGGUUUAACUAUGAUCAUAUCAGGGGUUUUAGAGUUCAGUUUUGAAAAAGUAAGUUCUUCAUUGGAGACUAAUAAGCUCUAUUUGCUUAUGGCCUAUUUAGUUAAUUUGACGGGGGGUCUUGGGUUUGGAUUGUUUUACAGGGGAAUAACCCACUAAAUCAGUGAGUUUAUUUUGUCUUGUUGCUUACAUUUUUGUUUUCUAGAGCACUUGAAUAUGCUGUUUUUGGUGUGGGUAGGGUGGUUUAUGUUUUGUGCCCGCAAAGCAGAAUGAAAUGGUCAGGCACUUAUAAUCAUUCCAACCUAAUCUACUGUGAUGGUGAAGAUGAUUUGUGGAGUUAAUUUUGUCAUCCACUAUAAAAUUAUUGAUCUCGUCAAAAUGACUGAAGUAAAUGUUUUAAGCAGGGCCGCUCAUGAAGGAGGGCUUUGUGUACAUUCCCGUUUGACCAUUACUGCUCUGUGUUGCUGAUUUUCCACUUGUUUCAUUCCAUUUUUGAGGGUGACCCUGAAAUCUGAAAAUGUGAGGCAAAAGGUAAUGUCUACAGUUCUGAUUAAUGAGUGUUCAAAUGAGAUGGUAAUAAAAAUUGCUGUACAUUCCCAACUGCA